UCUGGUAAAGUUUACUCUUUCAGCAGAUUGGUCUAUAGGGUGAGUGAAUUAUGUUCAUGAAGCUUAAGUUUCAGUGUUCAGUGAAAGCAAUGAAAAGGGAUAUGCAAAAACUGAAGGGUUAAACUGAGAUGGCUACAAGCAAUUCCUACCUCCCUAGUGCUCCUUCUUCUCUUCUUCCAAUCUCAAUUCACAAGUUCCAAAUCACUCAACUCAGACCAAAACCAAAUGUGUCUUCCAUCAAACAGCACAUCAACCUCAGUGAAACACAACAACUCCAAGGUCACUUCAUCAAAACCAGUUCCAGUUGGAGUUUUAGAGUCCCUUUUGCAGCACUGGAAAGUCAUUCUAGCAAUGAAGCAAUUUACAGCUUCCUAAUUACAUCUUACAUAAAAAACAACAGCCCUGCAGAUGCUGCAAAAAUCUAUGCCUAUAUGCGUAGAACAGACACCGAAGUUGACAAUUUUAUCAUACCCUCGGUUCUCAAAGCAUGCUGCCUUAUCCCUUCAGUCUUGCUAGGACAAGAGUUGCAUGGUUUUGUGGUGAAAAAUGGCUUUCAUGGGGAUGUUUUUGUGUGUAAUGCUUUAAUCAUGAUGUACAGUGAGGUUGGAAGCUUGGAAUCGGCACGGUUGUUAUUUGAUAAGAUUGAGAACAAAGAUGCUGUUUCUUGGAGUACUAUGAUUAGGAGCUAUGAUAGGAGUGGUUUGUUUGAUGAAGCAUUGGACCUUUUGAGAGGUAUGUUUAUAAUGGGAGUGAGGCCUAGUGAAACUGCAAUGUUAAGCAUCACACAUGUCUUGGCAGAACUUGCUGAAUUGAAAUUGGGAAAAGCCAUGCAUGGUUAUGUGAUAAGGAAUGUGAAGUUCGGGAAAUCAGAAAUUCCUCUAAGUACUGGUUUGAUUGAUAUGUACGUUAAGUGUGGAAAUUUAGGUUAUGCAAAAAGGCUUUUUGAUGGCUUGUCUGAGGCUAGUAUCAUUUCAUGGACUGCUAUGAUUGCAGGCUACAUUCAUUGCAAUAACUUGAAUGAAGGUGUAAGAUUCUUUGUCAAAAUGCUUGAAGAGGGUAUGUUUCCAAAUGAGAUUACGAUCCUUAGUUUGGUCAAAGAAUGUGGGAUAGCAGUUGCUCUAGAACUAGGAAAGUGGCUGCAUGCUUUCACAUUAAGAACUGGGUUCACCAUGUCUUUGGUUCUUGCCACUGCUUUCAUUCACAUGUAUGGCAAAUGUGGUGAUGCUAGAAGUGCAAGAUCUCUGUUUAACAGCUACAAGAGCAAAGAUUUAAUGAUGUGGAGUGCCAUGAUUUCAGCUUAUGCACAAAACAAUUGUACAGAUGAAGCAUUUGAUGUCUUUGUGCACAUGACAGGUUGUGGAAUAAGGCCAAAUGAGAUGACCAUGGUUACCCUCCUCAAGGUAUGUGCAAAAGCUGGAUCACUUGAAAUGGGAAAGUGGAUCCAUUCUUACAUAGAUAAACAAGGAAUUAAAGAAGAUAUGAUUCUUAGAACAGCUUUGGUGGACAUGUAUGCCAAAUGUGGAGACAUAGAUAUAGCUCACAGAUUGUUUGAUGCAGCAAUGGACCGUGACGUUUCAAUGUGGAAUGCCAUGAUAUCAGGUUUUGCAGUGCAUGGUCAUGGUGAGGCAGCAUUGAAACUGUUUGAAGAAAUGCAAUCACAGGGGGUUCUCCCUAAUGACAUUACAUUCAUUGGUGCUCUUCAUGCUUGUAGUCACUCAGGAUUGUUGCAAGAAGGGAAGAGGCUAUUUGACAGAAUGGUUCAUGAAUUUGGACUUGUCCCAAAAGUUGAACACUAUGGUUGUAUGGUGGACGUUCUUGGUAGAGCAGGAAUGCUUGAUGAAGCACAGGAAUUGAUUAAGAACAUGCCUAUGAGGCCAAGCAUGGCUGUGUUUGGAUCUCUUCUUUCUGCAUGCAGGCUUCACAAAAAUCUCAAAGUAGGAGAAUGGGCAGCAGAACAGUUUCUCUCAUUGGAACCUCACAAAAGUGGGUAUAACGUUCUGAUGUCAAACAUAUAUGCAUCAGAAAGCAGAUGGGGUGAUGUUGCAUACAUAAGGAAAGGUAUGAAGGAUGAGGGAAUUGUUAAAGUUGCAGGUGUUAGUUCCAUUGAAGUGAAUGGAUCACUUCAUGAAUUCAUAAUGGGAGAUAGGGAUCACCCAGAUGCUGAGAAAAUUUAUGAAAUGAUUGAUGAGAUGACUGAAAAACGGAAAGAUGUUGUGAUGGAAACCCAUUUAGGACAUUCCAUUUAAAGGAGUAUCAACUUAAUCUAAGGCUAGGAAAGGGAAGUUGAAGAAGAACUUUUAAGGCUCUUUCUUGAUUUUCUUUCUCUAUGUCUUAGAAGGAUUCCUAUUUUAAUACUAUAUGGUUGUUUUGUUUGUAGGAUACAAUAAAGGCAAGAACCAUGGCCAACCAAUCAGAUUUGGGAAAAGCAUUCUUCAAGGAAUCAGCAUCAGGGUCGCUCAAGCGCCCUCAGACAGAGGGUCGCUCAAGCGCCCUCAGACAGAGGGUCGCUCAAGCGCCCUCAGACAGAGGGGGCUCCAGCUCAAAUGCACCAAAUGCACUUCCUGGCUCACGUGCGCUCCAGCACCCUAGACAGGGGGGCUCCAGCCCCAGCGGAGCAGCCUGAAGCACGUUUUGGCAGCACUGUACAUGUGACCCAGCAUGCUUCCUGUGACCAGCUGACUUGGCCUCCAAGCUUGUCUUAUAUUUUGAAUUUUGGAGGGAAAUUAGAUCAGAAUUGAGGCCCUUCUUCACCUAUAAAUAAGAGGGCCUCCCCUUUGUAAUUCUCACUUUUGGAUGUAAUGAAAUGCUCCAGAAUUGUUUGCUCAACCUCUUAUAUCCCUUAGUCACCUCUGAAUUUCGAAUUCAGAUACUCCCCUCUAGCUUCCUUCCUUAGUAGGAAGGCCUUCUCAGCUUGGAGGCAUCAUACACACACCACAUCUUCAUCCAAACUUUCAUCAAACACCUUUCGAUGCAUCCAUUUCACUGCACCAAAUCUCAUUCCACUGUGCAUCUGUUUCGAAGCUUCUUCUUGCGUGCUUAAUGCUAGGAGAGGGUUCCAUCAAGUGGUAUCAGGAGCUUAGGUCGUCCACGCACCAAGAGUUAAGCUAUUUCAUCCAUUUUCUAUUCCAAUUCUGUUUCUGUUUUUGCAUUCUGUCCAGUUUUUGUUCCAACACUGUUUCCAUUUUGUUUUGGUUGUGUUCUUCUUAAUUUGGUGUGUUUAAUCAUUGUUUGGUGUGCUUCCAUUCUAUUAUCAUGUUUACUUUUAAUUUUAAAAGGUGAAUCUUCUUUGUUUGAGUCAUUUUCAGCCUUAUCUUUCAAUUUCAAGUUUGUCAUAAGUCAUGUGCUCAAAAUUCUGAUGCAGUUUUUAAUUUGUCAUUAAAUCUGGUUUUCCUGCUUUGGUUUUUGGAUGUGCUUGAGUUCAGAUGAAAGUGAAUUCAUAUAUCAACCAAAUAAGGCAAUGAGAGCUUAAUCUAGCCUUGGUGAUAUGAGCAGAAUCACUAAAACUCUGGUUCAAGUUUCAAAUCUGAUUGAAAAUUCAUUUCUGGUUUAAGUUUUCUUUGAAUCUGUUUUAUGACUUUUAAGUCUGUUCUGAUGCAUUGUCCACCACUGUUUGGUGUUGUCUAAGGUUGCAAAUGGUAUGGCAAACCAUAAAAAGCAAUGAAAUGCAUCUAGCAUAGCUUGGUUGCCUCAUAAACCAGAAACACCUACUGUUUUUGUCUUAUUUCAAGCUUUUCACGGUGCUUAAAAUCCUUGGUUGUCUAAUCUGAAUUUAAUUCAUUCUAGCUGAUAAAUUCCAGCUUGAUCUAGUGUAUUAAGACUUCCUUGAGUCAUUUUCAUUGUUGCUAUAGCUUUUGAAUCAAUCAAACUUGAUUUUGGUGGAUUGUUGGGGUAUUUUUCUGCAUAAAUUGGCCAUAACAAAGUCUGAUUUUGAUUUCUGCUAAUUCUGAGCUAUUUGAUAACUUGAACAAGUUUAAAAUGGUGUUUAAAAGUUGCUAGAAGAUUUCAAUUAGUAAUAUCUUGGCCUAAGUGCAGAGUUGUGUCUUAAACCAUCAUAUUUUGAGUUAUAUUAGGAAGUGGCAAGGUCAAUUUGAGUAGCAAUCUGUUUUUAACUCAUUUCAGAGUUUGAACACGUUUCAAAUCACUAAUUAAAGUUGCUGAAGUGAUUCAUUUCGAGUUUAAGCCACUUCUGUGCAAAUUUGAGUUUCAAACCACCAAAACCAAGCCAAUUUUCUGGUGCAGUGUUGAAAACUGAAUCUGUUUUGAUGAAUGUACUUUGAAAUCCAAUUUGGCUUGCAGCAAUACCUGGUUCAGUGAUUAAAAAUAUAAUUAAAUGGUUAAAAGAAGCAAAGCAAAGUGUUAAAAGGGAUUAUGAACCGUGCAGCCUAGUCCAAACCCAAAAACACAAAAUCUGGGUUUCUUUAAGGCAUCUCAUCGAACACCUUCUGUUUUUAUCAAACAGUUUCGUGCUAAUUGUCUUUCAACCUGCAUUUUGAGUUUUCUUGCUUUCUUAAUUUGUUCUAGCACCUUUCUUAGGAUCCAUUUGAGUGCCUACUUCUGUUGUAAACCUAUUUUUAUUGCUUUUGAGCUUUUGGCCUCUUAAAUUGUCCAGUUCAAGUCAAAUUUUGGUGUUGAAACUGGUGCAGAUUUUUAAUCUGUUUGGUGACUGUUUUGGAUGAUUGCAAUGGUGUUGUGAAGUCCAAUUGGAGCAUUCAAGUUGCAGAACCAUUUCCCUACCAAGUGCAGGUUUUCACUUGAAGGGUGUCUUAUAGCUUGUGCAGCAGAUUUUCAAAAACUGUUUUGGAGAGCUUUGUGAAGACCAUUAAAAGUGAGAUGAACGUGCUCUAAUUGGAGUUUCACGGUUGCACAGAAACUAAAUAGCAGAGUCAAUACUCUGCAGUAGCCAACACUGUUCCAGAAGCUUGAAACCUCUUUGAGCAAGGAUUGAAGGGCUAAAGCACUAAGAGAGCAACAAAAACAAGUUUCAAAUCAGUGCACAUAUGGAGCAGCAGAGUAGUUUAGCUUGAUUCUUUUGAGUUUUGAACUUGUAAUAUGUUUCCAUUUUAGUUUUCAGUUUUGUUUGUAAAAGGCCAUUUAAGACCAAGUGUUUGGAAGAGUCCUUGGUGCUCUCUCCAAUCUUGGCAAUUUUCUUUGCUUGCUUUGAUAGUAGACGGUGAGUGUGUCUUGUUAGCCAAAGUUACAAGCCUCACCUAAGAUUUCCUUUGUUUUA